AUGCCUCUGAUUAACUAUCGAACCGCUCUUACAGCUUACCAAAGAUUCCAAUCAGUCACCUGUGUGUCCUUAAAUCGUCACUAUGUAAGCUCACUACCACCAUUGGAAUAUUUUACAAAACUUCAAGAGGUAGCUGAUCGUUGGCCUUCUGAUGCUUGCGGUAGAAAAAUGACUCUAAAAGAUGAGAUCAAACGUCGUGGAACUGAAUUGGUUUCUAAACCAAUACAAGAAAUAGAUACUAAAUUUUGGGAAGAAGAAUAUCGAAGUUUGUCUCGUAUUCUUAAUAACCAUUAUCGAGAUAUUUAUCGACCUCCUUCGGUUCUUGGUGAUAGUUGCACUGUACCAGGAGGUUCAGUUAUAGCUGCAACCGGAGCUGAUCUGAUAGAAUGUAGAAGAAUUCUUUAUGAUCGUGAAGAAGAAAACGAAAAAGGUGUUUCUUUGUAUCGACGCCUUGUUGAUAAAUUAUUUAACUAG